AUGCUGAAAGAGACCUGCGGGCAGAAGUGUGUCCACGCUGGCCAAGCCACCACAGGGCGGGAAGCUGAGAACAAAUCCCUGCGGCUGGCUGUAAACAGGAGGCAGUCCAUUGGGAAAUUCUACCACCUGCAGGGGGAAGUGGGCCUCUGCCUUAAGGAGAAAGCCACCCCAGAGGAGGCAGGCAUUUCCUGGCAAGGACUGAGGCUGUUGGGACAGUUCUUAUCCCUCCCAGGUUCUGAGGAGGCAGGAGACUUCCUGCUUCAGCACCUCAGUGCCCGGCUGCAGUGUGACGAGGGCUCCUCAGUACUGCGGGUCCUGCCAUCCAUGUCAUCAUCUGGUCACUCUUCUGUCACCCUGCUGGAGGGCCAUGGGAGCUGGCCCCCGGCCACCGCAAACGGGAACUUUGCGCAUGCGCCCGCGUCGCCCCGCCCAUCACCGGCGCCCCGUUCCCCGCGCGCAGGACUCUGGGGCGGCCGGACACGUCGCGCGCCGAUUGGCGGCGCUCCGGGCCGGCCCCCCGGGAAAGACGCUCAGAAGGGACCUCUGCUCUUCGACGACCUCCCUCCGGCCGGCAGUACUGACUCAGGGCCAGGGGGACCUUUGCUUUUUGAUGAUCUCCCACCUGCUGGCAGUGGUGAUUCAGGUUCCCUUGCCGCUCCGAUAGCCCUGGUGGUAAAGAAUGAAGGGAAAGGAGCCAAGAGAAAAUCCUCUGAAGAAGAGAAGAAUGGCGGUCAAGAGCUUGUGGAAAAGAAAGUUUGUAAAGCCUCUUCCGUGAUCUUUGGCCUGAAAGGCUACGUUGCUGAGCGGAAGGGCGAGCGGGAGGAGAUGCAGGAUGCCCAUGUCAUCCUGAACGACAUCACUGAGAAGUGCCGGCCCCCAUCGUCCCUCAUUGCUCGCGUUUCAUACUUUGCUGUUUUUGAUGGACAUGGAGGAAUUCGAGCCUCGAAAUUCGCCGCACAGAAUUUGCAUCAGAACUUAAUCAGAAAGUUUCCGAAAGGAGAUGUAGUUAGUGUCGAGAAAACCGUGAAGAGAUGCCUCCUAGACACUUUUAAGCACACCGAUGAGGAGUUCCUUAAACAAGCUUCUAGCCAGAAGCCUGCCUGGAAAGAUGGGUCCACUGCCACGUGUGUUCUGGCUGUAGACAACACUCUUUAUAUUGCCAACCUCGGAGACAGUCGGGCCAUCCUGUGCCGCUACAAUGAGGAGAGUCAGAAACAUGCAGCCCUGAGCCUCAGCAAAGAGCACAAUCCCACCCAGUAUGAGGAGCGGAUGCGGAUACAGAAAGCUGGAGGGAACGUCAGGGACGGGCGCGUCUUGGGUGUGCUGGAGGUGUCCCGUUCCAUCGGGGACGGGCAGUACAAGCGCUGUGGGGUCACUUCUGUGCCUGAUAUCAGACGUUGCCAGCUGACCCCCAAUGACAGGUUCAUUCUGCUGGCCUGUGAUGGUCUCUUCAAGGUCUUCACCCCAGAAGAAGCUGUGAACUUCAUCUUGUCCUGCCUUGAGGAUGAGAAGAUCCAGACCCGGGAAGGGAAGCCCGCCGUGGACGCCCGCUAUGAGGCGGCCUGCAACCGGCUGGCCAGCAAGGCGGUGCAGCGGGGCUCAGCCGACAAUGUCACGGUCAUGGUGGUGCGGAUCGGGCAGUGAGGGCCGGCACGCGAGGGGCGCUCCAGGUUCACUGUGUGUGUGCACGUGUGUGUUUGUGUACUUCUGCGGGAUUCCCACGCUUGUAAAUAAAGGGUUUUUUGUUUUUGUUUUUUUUU